CACGACUUGCUUUCUUUGUCCUUUCCACCCCAUAUCCCCUCUCGUUGACCGCAGCUGAGUGCCCGUCAGCUGUGUGUUGUCGCCUGUUCCCUCACGCUCUGCCGCUUACGCCAACUCGUGCCCUCGCAUCUAUGGCCAUCCUCAGCCAGCUGCGCACGUACAAGGCUCGACUGACCCCUGGGACCUACUGUACGGUCAUCGCCCAUCUCGCCAAGUAUCAAGCGCCCUGCAACCUGGUGCUCGACUACGAGACCUUCCCGCCUGACAGAGAGGUCGACGUGCCCAUCGCAUCGGUGAACGAGGCCGUCGACAUCCAGACGAUCCACCAGGACUGCAAGGGGUGUGUGGCGGGUUUGUACAUGUGCCAUGGACGUGUUCGCCACCUGUCUGACUGGUACGCCUUCAUAGCCAUCGCCCUCGCGUUUGAGCCUACCGAUAGCAUCGCCAUCGAGGUUGCCGUCGCUGACAACGGCGUGGCUGACGCUCUCGAGGAGAUGCUCAAGCAGAUGCGACGCCUGAAUGACUCGUACAUCUGUGAGGGGUACACACGCCGACCCAACGGAUACUACAACUGUGUGUUGUCAGCCAGCUUCACGCCUUGCAUUCGCCCUGUGGGCAUCGCCAACGAGCCGUUCUCGGUGACCGAUACGAUUCGCCUCGCCGAGUCCCACAACAUCGACAUCAAGUGCCUGUUCAUGACGCCUGAGGGACUAGCUGAGGCAGGGAUCGACGCACAGGCCGAUUAUCAGCUGUGUGCUGGUGACUGGUGAUGUGUAUCGACGCCGUAUUCGCCAACAGGGAAUGUCGACGCCGCACAACACACGAAUUUGG